AGUUCUACUGUGUCCUGUGUAGGGUCGCUAUGAGUUGGAAUCGACUCGAUGGCAAUGGGUUUUUUGAUUUAGUAUAUGAAUAGUAUAGUCAUAAAUUUUAGAGAUAAGACUUUGAAAAGCAUCUACUCCAGUUUUAACAUAAAUGGGGAAACUCAGAAACUGAAAUUUUAAAAGAAAAAUAACUGAAAUCAUCUAACUGCGUAGAGACAGAACUAACAUUUACUUAUUGUAUUGUUAGUCUUUCUUAUAGCUGUAACAUCACUCUUUAAUAAAAAAUGAAAAAAGUACUGAUUUUAUGAAAAAGUACACAUUUAUAUGAAUUAAUUUCACACAUAUUCUAAAUACCGUUAUAUGUUCGAUUGAAGGAUAGUCCUUAAAUCAUUUUUCCAUUUUCUCAGUAUGGUUUCGCUUAUUAGGUCCAGGCUAAAUUUUCUCCAAAAAACCUCUUUGUAAUCAAUUCAGGAGUUGUUAGUUAAAGCCUUGUGACUUAAGUAACAUCGGAGAUUUCCCAGCUUUUAGUUAUGACUUUGGGCAACAGGUUUUAGUGCUGCUGGUAUCUUUUGUCAUGCUUAUGAUAGGAAAGGGUGAAGUAGAAUUCUUGGAAUCUCACCAUCGUGCUUCUCUGUGUUCAUUUCUGCUCGUUUCUUUUCUCUCUAGUUAGCCUGUGGCUAAUAUUUUCUGGUGGCAGAGAUUUCUUUUAUCUUAUUUAAAUAAUGUAUGUAUGCUUAUUUUUAAAGGAUUUUGUAACUAAGGUGGAAGAUCUGCACAAGGAGUUUGAACAAUCACAUAGAAACUACGUGAAAGAAAUUGAAAGUUUGAAAAAUGAAUUGAUAGCAGUACAUUCUCAGCACAGUGAAGAUAAAGAGAGCUUGCAAAAGGAGCUGGAAGAAGCAGUGAAGAAACAAUUAGAGCUUUCAGAACAACUUAAAUUUCGGAAUGACUCUGAAAAUAAUGUUAGAAAACUGCAAGAUGAGAUUCAGAAAAUCCGGCCAGCCUAUGAGGAGCAAAUUUUAUAUCUGCAAAAGCAAUUAGAAGCUACCACUAAUGAAAAGAAGCAAGAAAUUAAUAAUCUCCACAAAGUCAUUGAGGCUAAUUCUCAGGAUCACCAAAGAGAUAUUAAUAGUUUACAAGAAGAACUUUUGCACUUGAAAGCUAUGCACGAGGAAGAGGUAAAGGACUUGAUGUGCCGAAUUGAAACCUCUGCUAAAGAACAUGAAGCAGAAGUAAAUAUGUUGAAUCAGCUAAAGGAGAACUUAGUAAAACAGUGUGAGGCGAAGGAGAAGAACAUUCAGGAGAAAUAUCAAUGUGAAUUAGAAAACUUGAGGAAAGCCUCAAGUGCAAACCAAGAAAAACAGAUAUGUUCUGUACUCUUACAAGAAGAUGUUGUUGUAGAACAAGCGGCGAAUGAAAAAGUCAGACACUUAGAAGAUACCUUAAAAGAACUAGAAUCACAACAUAGUAUCUUGAAAGAUGAGGUAACUUACAUGAAUAAUCUUAAAUUAAAACUGGAAAUGGAUGCCCAGCAUAUAAAGGAUGAGUUUUUCCAUGAGCGGGAAGACUUAGAAUUUAAAAUUAAUGAACUAUUACUAGCUAAAGAAGAACAGGGCUGGCUAAUUGAAAAAUUAAAAUCUGAGCUAGAAGAUGCAAAUAAAAAAUUUUGCUGUAUUGUAGAACAACAUAAUAAAGAAAUACAAAGUCUUAAGGAACAACAUCAAAAAGAAAUAGCAGAACUAAAUGAGACAUUUUUGUCAGGUUCAGAAAAAGAAAAAUUAACAUUAAUGUUUGAAAUACAGGGUCUUAAGGAACUAUGCGAAAAUCUACAGCAAGAAAAGCAAGAUGCAAUCUUAAAUUAUGAGAGUUUGCGAGAGAUUAUGGAAAUCUUACAAACAGAACUAGGGGAGUCUGCUGGCAAAAUAAGUCAAGAGUUUGAAUCACUGAAGCAACAGCAAGCUUCUGAUGUUCAUGAACUGCAGCAGAAGCUCAGAACUGCUUUUAAUGAAAAAGAUGCUCUUCUUGAAACUGUGAAUUGUCUCCAGGGGGAAAAGAAAAAAUUAUUAUCUCAACAAGAAUUAGUACCAGAGCUUGAAAAUACCAUAAAAAGCCUUCAAGAAAAGAAUGAACAGUAUUUAAUUAGUCUCAGUCAGAGAGAUACCAUGUUACAAGAAUUGGAAGCAAAGAUCAGUUCUCUGACUGAGGAAAACGAUGGUUUCAUAAAUAAAAUGAAAAAUUCUCACGAAGAGAUGGAUACUCUCCAUAAAAAAUGUGAAAGGGAGGAAGGAUUGAUUACAGAACUUACGGAGAGAGUGGAGCAAACUACCCAGUACAACAGCGAACUAAAGCAAAAGGUAAAUGAAUUAACAGAAGAGCUAGAAAAGACUUUAAAACGAAAGGACCAAAAUGACCAAGAACUAGAAAAGCUUAUGGUACAAGUUAAAAUUCUCUGUCAGGACCAGGAAGCACUGUCAUCUAAAGUGAAGUUACUGUAUGAGGAAAAUAAUACACUGAGUUUAGAAAAGAGCCAGUUGAGUAGCGAUUUGGAAGCUCUUCUAUCUCAAAAAGAAGGGGAUGUUCGGCUUAAAGAACAGAUUACUGAGUUAGAGAAGAAAUUUCAGUUAACAGUUGAAGAGCGAGAUACUUGUAGUAGAUUGUUUGAAAAUGAGCAGCUUCAGAAGUUGUUUGUCAAAACCCAGUUGUACGGUUUUCUUGAACAGAUGGGGUUAAAAGUUUCAGAAGAUAACGAAGAGCAAGAUGUUGUAAAUAUCCUACAAGUUGUAGGUGAAUCCUUAGCAAAAAUGAAUGAGGAAAAACACAACUUAGUUUCUCAAUAUGAUGAAAGGGUAUUAGAGUUAGAAAAAGAGAUUAAGUGCGUUCAAGAAGAGCACAUAGUUCAGUGUGAGGAACUUAGGUCUUUACUAGAAGACUAUGAGCAAGAGAAAGUACUCCUAAAGAAAGAGUUAGAAGAAACCCUGUCAGAAAAAGAGGCCCUCCAGCUGGAUCUUCUAGAAAUGAAGAAUGCUAAUGAAAAAACAAGGCUUGAAAACCAGAAUCUUCUAAUUCAGAUUGAAGAAGUAUCUCAAAAAUUGUUAGAGAGCGAAAAUGAAAUUCAUAAUGAAAAAUUAUUUAUAAAGGAACAUGAAAACCUAAAAUCAUUACUAGAACAAAAAGAAUCUGAAUUGCAAGAUGUAAGAGCAGAGCUGGCCUUACUAAAGGAUUCCUUAGAGAAAUCGUCUUCUGUAAAAAAUGAUCAAACUUCCUCAGUGAAAGAGCUGGAAGAAAAAAUAGAAAAUCUGGAAAAAGAAUCCAGAGAAAAAGAGGAGAAAAUAAAUAAGGUAAAGCUAGUUGCUGUGAAGGCAAAGAAAGAAUUUGAUUCUAGCAGAAAAGAGGCCCAGACUUUAAGGGAAGAGCUUGAGUCCCUUCGAUCAGAAAAGGAUCAGUUGUCUGCUUCCAUGAGAGAUCUCAUUCAAGGAGCAGAAAGCUACAAGAAUCUUUUAUUAGAAUAUGAUAAGCAGUCAGAGCAAUUGGACGUGGAAAAAGAACGUGCCAGCAACUUUGAGCAUCAUAUAGAAGACCUUACAAAGCAAUUAAGGAAUUCAGUUGCUGAGCGUGAAAAAUUGAAUUCUGAUAAUGAAGAUCUUGUGGCUCGUAUUGAAACACUGCAGUCUAAUGUCAAGUUAUUAGAAGUACAGAUUUUAGAAGUCCAAAGAGCCAAAGCAAUAGCAGACAAAGAAUUAGAAGCUGAAAAACUUCAGAAAGAGCAGAAGAUGAAGGAACAUGCCAGUACUGUAAGUGAACUUGAAGAACUUCAGCUACAACUUCAAAAGGAAAAGAAACAGCUUCAGAAAACCAUGCAAGAAUUAGAGCUGGUUAGAAAGGAUGCCCAACAAAGCACACUGAUGAAUAUGGAAAUAGCUGAUUAUGAACGUUUGAUGAAAGAACUCAAUCAAAAGUUAACUAAUAAAAACAGCAAGAUUGAAGAUUUGGAGCAGGAAAUAAAAAUUCAGAAGCAGAAACAAGAAACCCUACAAGAAGAAAUGACUUCAUUACAGUCUUCAGUGCAACAAUAUGAAGAAAAAAACACCAAAAUCAAGCAAUUGCUUGUGAAAACCAAAAAAGAACUGGCAGAUUCAAAGCAAGCAGAAAGUGAUCACUUAAUACUUCAAGCAUCUUUAAAGGGUGAGCUGGAGGCAAGCCAGCAGCAAGUUGAAGUCUAUAAAAUUGAGCUGGCAGAAAUAACAUCUGAGAAACACAGAAUUCACGAGCACCUGAAGACGUCUGCAGAACAACACCAGCGCACACUGAGUGCCUACCAGCAAAAAAUCACAGCCUUGCAAGAAGAGUGUCACACCACUAAGGCAGAACAAGCGGCUGUAACUUCUGAAUUUGAAAGCUACAAGGUCCGAGUUCAUAACGUUCUAAGACAACAGAAAAAUAAAUCCAUGUCUCAGGCUGAAACCGACGGAGCAAAACAGGAAAGGGAACACCUGGAAAUGCUGAUUGACCAGCUAAAAAUCAAAUUACAAGACACUCAGAGUAAUUUACAGAUGACUAUAUCUGAACUUCAGACCUUGCAGUCUGAACACGACACUCUGCUGGAAAGGCACAACAAGAUGCUGCAGGAAACUGUGUCCAAAGAGGCCGAACUCCGGGAAAAGUUGUGUUCAGUACAAUCAGAGAACAUGGCAAUGAAGUCUGAACAUGUGCAGACUGUGAGUCAGCUAACAUCCCAGAACGAGGUCCUUCGCAACAGUUUCCAUGAUCAAGUGCGACAUUUGCAGGAAGAGCACAGAAAGACGAUGGAGACUUUACAGCAGCAGCUUUCCAAGGUGGAAGCUCAGCUGUUCCAGCUGAAGAGUGAACCUGCCACAAGAAGUCCAGCCUCUUCCCACCAACCUUUGAAGAACCUUCGAGAAAGGAGAAACACAGACCUUCCCCCUCUGGACAUGCAUACCAUAACCAGGGAGGAAGGAGAAGGGAUGGAGACAACUGAUGCUGAGUCUGUGUCUUCCACCAGCACCCACACACUGUCUUUAGAGCAGCUUCUUAAUUCUCCUGAAACUCACCUUGAGCCUCCUUUAUGGCAUGCUGAAUUUACCAAAGAAGAGUUGGUUCAGAAACUCCAUUCCACCACAAAAAGUGCCGAUCACUUAAAUGGCCUGCUUCGGGAAACAGAAGCAACUAAUGCCAUCCUUAUGGAGCAAAUUAAGCUUCUCAAAAGUGAAAUAAGAAGAUUGGAAAGAAAUCAAGAACGAGAGAAAUCUGUCGCUAACCUGGAAUACUUGAAGAAUGUCUUGCUACAGUUUAUCUUCCUUAAACCAGGUAGUGAGAGAGAGAGGCUUCUUCCUGUUAUAGAUACGAUGUUGCAGCUCAGCCCGGAAGAAAAGGGAAAACUGACUGUAAUUGCUCAAGGUGAGGAAGAAAAUGCUUCCCGUUCCUCAGGAUGGGCAUCCUAUCUGCAUAGUUGGUCUGGACUUCGAUAGAUUGAUGGAAAGAAAAUGGUUUAUUUAUUAACCAAAUAGAAUUCAUUUGGCAAAAAAUGAGUCAAGUAUAUUGCUGUCAUCAUUUUUGUCAAAAAGUGUGUGUAUAUAUUUGUAUUUGCAUAUAUUUGUACAUAUAUAGGACAGCUGUAUUAAAAAGUCUCAGCUUGAAGUACAGUUUGGAGUGUUGAUACCAGUCCACAGUCCUUUCAUUCGACACCCCAGAGACCAUCAUUUCUGUGAUCUUCCCUGCACGUUGCCAGAAUUAAAAUGAAGAAUGAAUUCACUCCCCCCUUCUCUGGAACCUCAGGACCUGUCUAUUUCAUAGCAAUACUGUGAAUUUUGAAGUUAAACUAAAUUUCAAUAGCAUAACACCUGGAAUUUAUGCUUUUAAAGUAACAUUACAAGACUAUUAUUGCAAAAUCAGAUUGUUAAUCAGUUGUAAAUUGUUAGAUAAAAUUUGCUGAUUAGAGUAUGAAGGAAGAUGCUUUAUUGGUAAAUUGAUCAUUUUGUUUAUUAAGGGACUAUAACGUAAAUAUGCUACAGUUAAUUAUGAGGCUAAAUUAAAACAAUUUUAUUUAGUUAGCUUUAAAAUGUACUUUAAAAAAUAUAUAAAUUGUUCUCUCUUUCUCAAAAGUCAAGACUCAUGUUGUCAGAAGUCCUAGGAUUGGCUGGUCUAACACCAAUCAGAUGGGACCACUGCAUUACCUUGAGGGGGAUUUCAUGGUGUCUUUCUAGUCUCUUGCUCUGGUAACACUACUUCCAAGCCAUGAGUCUGUUUUGGAAAUUUUUUUCAUCCCCCAAAUAAAAGUCUUCCGGAACAGUGACUAUGUUACUCAGCAUUGUAUCCAAAUGUGAAAAACUGGCACUUCUUGUGUUUAACAGAUAGUGGUGUUCCAUAAGCUUUCCAUCAUUGGAUUUCAGAAAGACAGCUUAAGUCAGGCUGUGUUCUCACAGUUCUUGGGAAUAACAAUAAAUAGUGGUAUUAUUUGCCUUUGCUGCCUCUGAAUAUAUUUUAUUGACUAGAUCAAAAUUGUGCUCUUAAAUCAUAAAUUUGAGAAUUAUAUUUUAAUAUUUGUUUCAUACUAAGGCACUGGACAGUAUGCUCUAUGAAGUCCCCUGAAGCCUUCCAAUUUAUACUCUCAUUUUUCAUUCUCAGCUGGAGAACUAACUUUGCACUUUGGUUACUCAGAACAUUGGUUUCCAAUUUAGUUUUAACUAAAAUCUGCUGCUGACAUGUUGAGUUUGUUCUUCAAAAAAACAUCUCCUACAAAAUGUCUUUCCUCUCAUUGUAGAAGAACAAACCUACCUAGUGAAUGUUUCACUGAAAAUGUAUGUUUCAAAGCUGACAUUAAAGUUUAGUUUUUCUUCCUUUAUAAACUGUGAAUAUGAGUAUGCCUGCAGCAUACAAUGUAACUUUAAUAGUAUUUAAAUAAAUUUCACUUUCUCUGAGUCUAGGCUUUUUGAAGUCCAUAGAAACUUGUUUUGAAAUAUAGUCUGUACUUACAAAUGUAUAAUAAAAAUACCUUUUGCAUGAUAAAAAAAAGUUAAUUACAAAAAGCGUAUUCUUUCAUGGUUUCAGCAAUGAGAGGAAAUGUAAUGAUUAUUUUAAUAUUACUAUUAAAUAUGUUUCACUGUAUAUUAUAUUUUUAUGACUACUCUUUUUUGUUGAUAGAUACUAUCUCUGUGGAGUUUUAAAACAAUUUGUGGAUUGGAAUUGCAAAUUCCUUUACUACUAUCCUUAUAUAUUUGGGAUCUAGAAUAUUAGAUGCUUGACAGAACGUAGAGGGCUACUUUGGUAUGUCAUAGUUAAACCAUGACGCCUGCCAUGUCUGACAUCCUCCUUCCAGAUGAAACCAGAAGCAACACUAGACCUUUCUUUGGACCAAGGUAGACAUUGGUUCAACCAGAGAUGGGUACCUGGCUAAGACUACCAGCCUAAUGGUGCCAUUACAUGAAGGACUCUCUUCAGUUAGAGGUAAAGGUUAUUACCUUUGUUGGGAAUUUGGCUGGAAAAUGGGGAGAGGCAAAGAAGAGAGAGAAGCAGAGAUGCCAUGAGAAAGAGAAAGCAAACACACUGAGAAAGGAAUCGCAAGGGCAGCAGGCCUAGAGUGUCUUCUGGUCCAAAGCAGCUCUCCAGCCCUGGGUCCAUGCUGUUGGGAUGCUUGCAUAAACUCCUCCUUGGAGUCGUAAGAGCUGAAUUCGUACAGUCCCUUAUGACAGGGCACUGAUGUGUGAUCUCAAGUUCUUGGCUUCCUCUGAUUUCAGGUAUCUGUUGUACACAGUGAGCUUUGCUUUUGCUCCAAGUACUAUAAGAUGUAUUGAGAAUUACAUCUUCUAAACAAGCUGGCAGAACUGUAAGUGAACUAGCAAAGCUAAGGCUUGCUAAAGGCACAUAAUACUUUGUGUUCUCUUUAAACUUCAUUUUAGCUGAUGAUGUAGCUGGAGAUAUAUUGACUGAAGGUUCCUAUAAGGACACAUUUUAGUAUCUGGUGACUGACAAGGCACCCAAAAAGUGCUUGGGUCAUAUGAUGUAGUGGUCUCAUCUUUGUCUAUUUUAACUUGGUAUCAGAAAAUCAGCUAUUGCAUCAAAAAUUAAUAAACACCAAGAAAACAGAGCCUAAUACAACCUGGCAGGUAUCUGUGAGCUAAUUCUUAUCCAUGGGUAUUAAUGAACAUUUGGUUAUUUGUAUAGAAGUUAUAUUUAAAAGGAAACUAUUUUUCAUGUGCAUUCAAAAGGUGGUUACAUGAAAAAAUCAAGCUGUGACCU